AAAGGAGAGAGAGGGAUUUUCCUCGUCGUUAACCUUCCAUCGGCUGCUCUCGUCGGACGUCGAUCGCCCUCGUUUGACUCGCCCUCGGUCCACGGCGACCUUCAAAUCUCCCGUAUUUCGAUCGAGAGCUGAACAAAGUUCUUCUUCAGCUCUUCCAGAGCAUUCCAGAUCACGAGCACUUGGAGCCACAGGCGUUCUCGCGAGACGAGAAAGUAACAAGAGACACAUUCCACACGUAUUCCGAGAUGUCCACGCGGUACAUGAAGAAGGUUUACGGCAGCGACGUGACUCUCGGCAAGGGUAACGACGACACGAGCGACCCGGAAGUCUCGAUGACCGACAACGCCAGGUCCAAGUGUUUCAACGUAUUCGACGUGUUGAACCAGAACUCGGACAAGGACGAGGACACCGACGGCAGACAGCAGGACGAGGACGAGGACCCGGCUGCGAACGGCGUGGAUUCAAACGACAUGAAGCGUAGGAAGCGGAAGAAAAAGCACAGGAGGCCGGAGAACGAGAGAGCGAGGAGCCAGCAGGAACACGAUGCCGAGUGCAAUGAGAACGUGGACGAGAUCGAACGAAGCGUGAAGGAGGUGAACAAGUUGCUUGGCGAGCCAUUGCCGGGCUGCAGUAGUCAAGUUAUGGAAGCGCAAUGGGUCGACCGAGUGUCCAAGGAGAGUGUACUGACUGUACAGCGUAAGCACUUGAAUCCGUAUAACGAAUUGAAGAAGAUCUUCGGCACUAAGACUAUAGAGGCUGGGCAAAGCAAGAAAAAUAAAGGUCGUCCUGGGAAUUUAAAGAAGACAUGGUUGAUUGGCCCGCAAGAUAACACUUGGGUGCCAACUACCAAAUUUGGACUGUCCAUGUCUCCGGAUCAUUCUAUGAAGACUACGGGGAAUGUACAGUACUUUAUGUAUAAACAUAGCGUCUUUUACACAGAGCUGCAAUAUCGGUUCUUGGACGCUGUUGAAAGUCUGAAUCCGGAGAACAUAAUUAAUAUAGUAAACACUCAUUCUUACCAUAUAGAUUCCCUCCUGCAAAUAUCUGAAAUAUGUAAAAUGAACGACGACUUGGCAUAUGCAGCGGAGUUUAUUAAACGGGCUGUGUACUGCUUGGAGUGUGCGUUUCAUCCGUUCUUUAAUAUAUCGUCCGCGCAAUGCAGAUUGGACUACAGGAAGCAACAGAAUCGCGCGCUUUUUAUAACACUUUUUAAGCAUCUUGGAUUUGUCGGCGGACGUGCUUGUUAUAGAACGAGCUUGGAACUUUGUAAAUUAGUUUUGUCACUGGAUCCCGAGGACGAUCCGUUAGCGGUGGUCUUGGCCAUCGACUUCUACGCCUUGAAAGCCAAAGAGUACGAAUGGUUCGUGAAAUUUUGCAAUCUGUGGGAAGAAUCGAGAAAUUUAACUCAAUUGCCAAACAUCGCGUACAGCCUGGCACUGGCUCAUUUUCGUCUGGGAAACAAAUCCGACGCCGAUACGCUCCUGCAAAACGCUCUCAUCAUGUUUCCGGGUGUAUUGAUGAUCUUGUUGGAGAAAUGUAGCAUUCAAACAGAUGCGAAGAUAAUGUGCCACGAUUUCUUCACCUCUAAAGCAGAAGUCAGCACAUCGCCAGCUCUAGGGAAGCUGCAAAAGUUGUAUGUAGUCCGUAGCUUCUAUCUCUGGAAGGAGGCAGAUAUUUUACCGUGGUUGGAGGAAAGUGUGCACGCUGUGCUAAACCGUAUCGAGUCUAAGGACGAUUAUAUCAAGUACUGUCAAGUGAAGCGUAGCAAACGCUACCGCGGAAAGCUGCCAAGAAACAUUUUGAGGCACAUUGUAUUAUCAGAUUUGCCGGAUGUUACAGUUAAUGGCCAAGAGAUUCAGGGCGAAGACCCAAUGCUGGCGCACGAUCCAUUGCCGCCACUAGACAGUAUCGAUCUUUAUGAAAGGCCUAGGGCAAACGACAGGCCAGCUGAAAGCAGUUCCAACUUCUUUUCCCUCUUUUUCUCUUCGCUUUUCACGGAUGUCAAUGGCGCAACUGCUGCUUUAAAUGAUUUAAAUCUAUUUGAGGAGAACGAUGACCACGCAUAAUAACAGCUUUCCCUAAUCAUAUGAAACUUAACAACGCUAAAAGAAGAAAGAAAUCUACACAAAUUGUGCAAUUUUAAGUAAUACACAUAUAUCGUUUUAAAUAGUACAUGUAAAAAUGCAGAAAAGUAGUCGGUACAUACGAUAAUCCAAUACAAAGAUAAUUUCGGAGUCAUUUGAUUUCGUUUAUAAAGAAAUUUUAUAUAUAAAAAUUGCAAUUUUGUUAGAAUUUCUGCUCAAUGUAAAAAUGCUUCUGAAUAUAGCACGUAGUAUUGCAGUAUUAUGCAUCGCUGCAUUAAACAACAGACAAUUGUUAUAACAUCAUAAAUCCGUUAUUGUAUAUGCAUUUUUUUUAAACUUGUAAAUAUGAUAAAUAUACCUAUACUGCAGUAAA